AGAGGCAGGCGGCAGGCAUCCCGGGGAGCUCGGGGAGCCGCGGUGCUCCCUUCCCUGAGCUAGGUUUCUAUUGUAGGCGGUGCAUUCCUCGGGAGGGAGGGUGUGUGUGUGUCGGUGCCUUCCCACACUUCGGGCAGCUCUUAUUUAAUGGGGGUCUCCAUGCAGGGCAGAAGGCAGAGGAGGUUUAGCCGUUGCCAGGCUCAGCGGCAGCUCGUACGCCAAUUGCCGGCAUGGAUCACGGGGCUGAAAUAACCCUGGAAGAGGCUUCGGCGACCGGCCAAGCCUCCAGGAUGCACAUCAAGGAGGACCUGCGGAGGAUGCGCUGCGCCGUGCUGCUCUGCCUGCUGGCCGUGCUGCUGCUGGCGCUGCCCAUCGCAUACCUGCUGGCCGGGAACCUGAGAGCACCCACCUCCUGCCCCCAGGUCGUGGAUGAGAGGAGCUCUCACUUUCUGAAGCAGCGAGCAGUAGCUGCUGUUACAGACACGCUUCCCAGCGCCGAGAAGCCAAGAGCACACCUGACAGUGAAGAAACAAGAACCCUCCAGCACCACGGGAAGCCAUCUGCCCAUCCUGCAGUGGGAAGACAAGCGAGGCUUGGCCUUUACCAAGAACAACCUGAGUUAUUCCAGCAACGCACUGGUGAUACCUGUGUCUGGGGAUUACUAUGUCUAUGCUCAGGUCACUUUCCGAGGGCCCAGUGACACUUCAAGUAAAACCAGUUCUGUCACUGCAGUCAUCACUAAAGUCACUGACAGCUACCCCGAGCCCACCCAGCUGCUGACCAGCACCAAGACCCUCAGUGAAGAAAGGAACAACUGGUUCCAGCCCAUUUAUCUGGGAGCUGUGGUUUCCUUAGAGAUAGGAGACAAGCUAAUGGUCAACGUUAGUGACAUCAAGCUGGUGGAUUACACUAAGGAGCACAAAACCUUCUUCGGUGCCUUUUUACUGUAGGUCUCUGGCAGCAGCUUUGUGGAGGCUUCCCUUGAGGGCCCUGGUUUGGUGGUUGUAUGUCAGGGUGCUGGUCUCUGUGCUGUCCUCUGCACUUCACUCACAUGUUGCCUUAAAUUAAGGGGUGGGGACAGCUGGAGCUGCAGGAUGAAUGGAAGCAGCCCAAAAAACUCCAGAAAAAUGAAAGUCAGACUUCAAGGAUGAUAGGGAUUCUUGAAAGCUCUGUAUAUUGGAGAGGAACCUUUUUUUAUGGGUCAGGUAGGGAUAUUUAUCGUAAAUAGGCUAGGCUGCAUCACUAAUUCCUUUUCCAAUAUACCAUUUCUUCAAUUGAAAAUAAGUGUUUUAAACUUUCUCCAGCACUUCCAGUGUAAUUUUGCAUGACCUUUCUUCAGAUUCUUAAAGGCAAUUGCAAUUAAUAAUUUCCUUAAGCGUAGUUCCGUACUUUGCACUAAUAUAAAGCCCAGAUUAAUCAUUAACUGCUUAAUUAAUCACUUCCAGUUUCCCUGUAAAGUAGAUUAAAAUCAUAUCAUAUGUUUUGCAGAAUCUACCUGAUUUUCUUUUAUUUUCCAGGGUAUUGUUUACGGAUACUUAAGUCAAUGUGUAGGCUUUAGACCUUAUUUAAAACUUCUAGGGAACAUGCAGAAACGUUUUCGUUUCAGCAUGGCCAUGGAAUCCCCCCAUCAGAUCCAAACAUUAGGAAAACAGAAAAAAACAAAACAAAACAACAAGGCAAGGAGCUUUCCACUGUGCUUCAUGCAAAGCAAAUGCAACUAAAGACAUCACUGCCCUCCUAACCCUUUGUGACCACUGCUACAGCAAUGUGCUGACACAAAGGUCUCCCCAUCCUUUGCCUGAGUGAAGGCUGGAAAUCAGCAGUCCAUUCAAAAGGUCAGAGGAUCCAAAGAAAAGCUCACAGUGUGCCAUGGCCAACUACAGAGCUCAGGAAUGCUUAGCUUCCCAUCUCGUGCUUCAUCUUCUCAUAGACAUUACUAUCUCAGGGAAAUUCCCCAGCUUUCCUUCUCCUCCCACAAUAAAUACAUCACUGUCAAUGACUCAAGUCAUGCUCUAGUAUGUUCAGGCUUUACGUACUUAACUGCUUGCUGGUCUCUCACUUGAGUCCCUACCAGGCAGAUGUUUGGCAGGGUCUGUCCAACGGCCAGGCUGGACUCUCUGCAGCUCUCCCUCUUUCUUCCCUUUCUCCAUUGGGUUCCUUUCGAUUUCCACUUCUUGGCCAGAAGUGUCACCAAGAUGGCCUAGCUAACAUUUCCACCCAAAGACGUGGGCCCCAGCAGCAUGCUGUUAACUCCAGGGAGGCACCCAGCACACAAUCUGGUCUCGUUACUCUCCAGGAAGGGCAGCUCACCAUCACCACCUCAGUGGCUUUCCCCACUGCUUAGAAGCCCCAGCUUUUCUCUUUGCACCAAUAUGAUAAAAUCACAAGUCCAGGAAAGGUUUAUUCCUCUGGGAAACCCUAAGACUUUCCAUUAUUAUUAUUAUUAUUUUUUAUUUUCUAAAACAUUUUCUCAACACUCCAUAUUGAGUCCUUCAGAUCUUCUGAUCCCUUCAUUAUGUGCCCCAAAUUGGAUCUGCAUUCUUGCAGACCUCCGCAGAAAGGCACGUAGGUGACCAGCACACCAAAAUCCAUUCAUCAUCUCACAAAGAAAAGACUUAAAGUGACCUGUCCAGGACAGGGGAUUCUCAGCCACUAGUUAGAAAAGCUUCUGUGAAGUUAUACAGGACAAAUUUGGUUUAUCCUUGGAGAAAGUUGAAAUGCAAAUUCUAGAUUUACUGAGACAUUUACAGAAAUCCGGAAAGGUCUUUAUUUCUACAAAUGAGAUAAUGUAACACUCUUAUGAGGCCAUAAUGCAAUCUUAAUAGGCUGGUAGAACAGAUUUCCAUAAAAACUAUAUUUUAAGUUGUCAUCCCUUACUGCUUGUUGCACUGAAUUAUGUUUAAUAUGGGUUCUAGGGGAGAGGAGUCAUGCAUGCAGUAUUUGGCUCACAGUAAAAGAACCUUCCAGGGAUACAUAAAUGUACAUACAUAGAUUUGCUUAUAUAUUUAUGCAUACUCUACGUACAAGUUUUAGGAAGUGCUUUGGCAAUGAUGAGCCUUUUCUAUAACAAGACACAUAAUUUGUGCCUGCUGUACACUGAUGACAAGUUCCACAAGCACGAAAUCUCCUGCUGCUGUAACAGAUACAGAUGUGACUGUCUUGUUCCAUUGGCCAUAGCACAAAUGUAUUUAUUUUAGUUAAUGCCUUGCAAGCUGUCCCACCCCAUCUCAUACACCAGCUUCUAGCAUGUUUAGCACACUAGCACAGUUUAUAGAGCAUAAAGCAACAUAUCUAGCAUUACUUGUUUUAAAGUAGUGCAGGCAGAUUAAUCCAAGCACACCUACCCCAGUAGAAUUUUCUAUUUCUCCCUUUUUUUUCCCCUCUUAGUGCUAAUAACGCUUCUGUAUCAGUGACCAGCAGGUACAGCAGGGAGCACCCAGGGCUGGCUGUGACCCCACUGACUGCAGAAGCCAAUGGUACGGCAUUGGGGUAAAGCUGCUCAAGGGGAGAAGAGGUCAGGCUCAGAGGGAAAGGUCUCAGGAAGACUGAACCCAAGCUGUGGGUGAUCAGAUUUCCCCAAAGAUAAUUAAGGACGGAAGCGUUCUCAGAAAAAUCACCGUUAUUGGGUUAGAAAAAAAGAUAUAUUGAAUGUAAACCAUUUGUGGAGAUGUGAAGGUCCAUAGGUCAGCAUUUUCAGUUGAAUGAGGUGAUGAAAUGGGGCCUUGUGAACAAGUGACCUUUCAGCCUGCGGUCAGGCUGAAAAUACGUUUUGUUUUGGGUGGAUGUGAAACUGAGACAGUUGGAAGAAGCUCUCCGGGGUACAGGAAGAGCUUCAAGAAGGCAGCUUAUGUUCAUGAGCUAAAAAUAAUGGUACGAUUUCUGGAUUUGGCCCUUUCAUCUUUCAGAAAAAGACAUUUAAGUACUAUUCAGUACAAAACCAUGGAAAGAAACUGUUUUGGUUUUUGUUGGCUUUGCUGUUGUGUGGGUUUUUUUUUUUAAUGCAUAUUUAUUAACAAAAGACUUUUGUUCUUAGGAAUUCUUUUCUUCUCUAAUUUCUUUGAUCUCCAAAAACUAACACUAAAUAUAACCCAACUUCCUAAAGCAGUUCACUUACCUACUGCUUCCUUUCCCCUUGAGAUCUAUAUGUUAGUAAACGAGUAUUCUCUUUCUCUUGGUAUCAAUAAGUAAAUCUAAAUCAAGCUAUAAGGGAUUACAACUCCCAUCUUACCAACAUGUAUGUGUGCCUUACUUAGUCUUAAGCCUGUGGGUAAAAAGAGUGCCAUUGUAAAAGGCAGUUCAGUUUCCCUACUUGGCAAACAGGAGUAAAACCAAUUAAAAGUUGAUUGAUAGAAUGUUUUAGCCACGUUUACCCUGAACAACACCAUUACAGGGGUAACCUCCCAAUAAGGAGCACUCACACAGACCACCUUCAACCCAUGUGUGUUGGCAGGAUUGGGCUCUAGAGGUGGAAAGUUAAAGGUUGUGUUUCUGAGUCAAACAUCACCCAGAUAGCAUGCAGUAGGAUGGUGGGAAGACUUUGGACGUGCCAGUUUAGCGAAUGUUAGUUUGAGCCAUCCCUCAGAAGGAAGGGACACAACCAGGCCACACUGACCAAAAGGAAUGGGUUGAAGUAUUGUGAUUUUCAAUACACACAAACAAAAAAACGUAUUUGAGAGAACGUUGUUAUUCAGCUCUGUAUGAUCCAACUGACCACAUUGUGUUUUGCUUUUAUUAAUCUCUUGAGUGGCCCAUCAUUUCAGAUGGGAAAUGGGGAGAAAAUUCAUUCUUUAGAAGAAUCAGACAGUGUCGAGAAUUUUUGCCCAAAUCUGGGUAUUAAACGCCAGUAUAGCAUUUUGCUACUGUAAUGUAUUUUCAUAUAAAUGAUUGUAUAUUGUUUUGUGCUUCAGUACCAAUGUGAGUCUUCAACAGCAGAACUGACUUAGUGUUUUGUUUCCGAGUGUUAUGAUAAUAAAGAAUACAAGUUAACUAAUUUAAAA